AUGGCACCACGCAGGCAAAAUCGAAAAUACGACAUUGUUGUCUUGGGCGCCACAGGUUACACUGGUCAAUUGACGGCUGAGCACAUUGCCCUGAACCUACCAACCAACAUCAAAUGGGCCGUCGCAGGUCGAUCUGAAGCCAAGCUGCAGGCUGUAGUUGAGGAGUGCAAGCAAUUCAAUGCGGACCGCUCACCACCUGGCAUUGAAAUCGCAGAUAUCGGCGACGAAGAAGGCCUAAAGGCUCUCGCGGUCAAGACUAGGGUCUUACUGUCGACUGUUGGCCCUUAUUGCAAAUAUGGCGAAAAGGUCUUCAAGGUAUGUGCCGAGUCGGGCACUCACUACUUUGACGUGACAGGCGAGGCCGUAUGGGUGGGUAGCAUGAUCAAGAAGUAUGAAGAUGCCGCAAAAGCGUCCGGUGCCAUCAUGGUUCCACAGAUUGGCGUCGAGUCUGCGCCUUCUGACCUCGCCACUUGGCUGCUAGCUGAGCAUGUUCGUGAUGAGCUCGAAGCCGAUACCAAGGAGGUCACCAUAUGCAUUCACAAGGUCAAGGGAACGCUGUCUGGUGGCACUCUCGCCACAGUUCUUGGCCUCUUCGACGUCUUCUCCCUCUCCGAAAUUCGUGCCGCGUUCGCACCAUAUGCACUGUCGCCGACUCCUCAUACGGAGAAGCCAGAAAGACAGAGCUUGCCUCUGGCACAUGCACUGUUUGGAUCUCACUACAAUCCGUAUCUCGGCCGCCUUACGUCUUCCAUGGCCGACGCAACGGACGCUGCUAUUGUGGAACGCACCUGGGGCCUGUUCCCAGAGAUCCCUUCGCGCAAGGCAGAAUACUACGGCAACAAGUUUGUGUGGAAGCAGUAUAUGAGAGUAGACAAUUGGUUCCAGGGCUUGUUCGUCCACUGGGGCUUGCUAUGGGCCACUGUCGUGCUCGCAUUGCUGCCACCGGUCCGCGGCCUGCUAAAGAGCCUUGUCACUCAGCCUGGAGGUGGUUCUGAUCGGCAGGCCAGAUCCGAGGAGAUGCUUGAGUACCGAGGCAUUGCUGUGCCUGACGACGAGGACAUCACGCAGAAGGCUUUUGUCAAGGCACGAUACGAUGGCAGCCCCUACGUCUGGGAUAUAUGCCGGCUAAUUGAGAGGAAGAGCUACUCCGAGACACCUCCGCACAUUGCUUCCCAACACUGUUUGCACGUCAUGGACUCAUCAACAGUAUCACCCAGCGGCGAGCGAGAGCCGCUGCUCCCAAUAGUCGAAUCUCGUCCGAAAGCCUCCCGAAAUGUCAAAUUCAGUGCCAACCCCGUCACACGCACGAUUGAGCCCGAUACGCGGGUCGUGGCCUCAAAACCGAGCAGCGUCGCCGUCGGGAUCCCGAGUGGUGCCACCGGCUCGGGAGCGUCAGCUCUCAACACCGCGGGCGGUCCGCCGGUGCUGACGGCGCUCAACAACAAGCUCCGGCGACGCAACAGCCAAUCGGCGGUCCCGGCGCUGAGCCCGGCGCCGUUUGGGGCCAAGCUGGGCCCCCAACGCAGCACCAAGAAGACGGAGAAGCUCAAGCUGCUACCGAACCCAGAGCUCGACGAGGACGACGCCGACGAGGAGAGCGGCCGCGAUGUCUACUCGCAGUACACGCGCAUCAAAGACCCCAACGCUCGCCGCGACGCCGCCCGCCUCGGCAAGUCGGACAGGAGCAAGCUGCCGCGCGUCACAGCCUACUGCACCGCCAACCGCUACGACAUGGACAGCCUGAUGCGCUUCCUCAAGGGACGCGGGAAGGCCCGUGGCGCCCACCCGAAGCUCAUCGACGAGUGCAUAUACACCCCCUACGCCUAUGCCAAGGAUCCGCCGCGCCGGCGCGACCCCGUCAUGUCCUACCAGCGUCGCCACUCGACUGGCGGCGCCGACGACUCCUUUGUCGCCCUUGACCCGGACCGCCACAACUCGGGCUACGGAGACGAGUUUGCGACGUCGGAGCAUGACAUUGCCACGGACCAAAUUAUAGAGGAAGACCUGCUCGGCGCCAGCAUUAACAAUGUCGGCGACGUUGUGCCAGACUUUGAUACACAGGUCCACACGCCCGAGGUGUUCCUGUUUGACUACGGCGUCGUGGUAAUAUGGGGCAUGUCGGAGAGCGAAGAAGCGCGAUUCCUCAAGCAUAUCUCAAAGUUUGAGCAGGAGAAGCUAGCACCGGAUGAUGUGGAAACGGAGCAGUUCAACUUUUACUACACCAAAGAGUAUCAAGCUCGCAUCUACAACGACUUCAUCACGCUGCGCGACAAAAACAACUACAUGACCAAGCUGGCCAUUUCGCAUGCCCUGGCCCAGAGCGUCAAGACGUCCUUGUUCGAGGAGCUCAUCUCGUCGACGAUCGAGACGUGCAAAGACAUUCCCACGCAAAUUGCCCUCACCGGCAAGAUUGCGCUGAGCAGGUCGCAAAUUAACAUGCAGAUUGGCGAGCUCUUCAUUUUGCGCAUCAACAUCCACCUCAACGGCUCCGUGCUUGACACGCCCGAGCUCUUCUGGGUCGAGCCCCAGCUCGAGCCCGUCUACCAGGCCGUCCGCAGCUACCUUGAGAUGGACCAGCGCGUCGGCCUCUUGACGGAGCGCCUGGACGUCAUUGCCGAUCUCCUCGCCGUGCUCAAGGACCAGCUGAGCCACGGCCACGGCGAAAAGCUGGAAUGGAUCGUGAUUGUGCUCAUUGCAAUGGAAAUUGUUGUCGCUGGUAUCAACAUCAUUGUCGAUUUGUACGCUGGCGAGUAG